AUGGCGGAAAGUUAUGGUAAUAAAAGAAACCGAAAGUAUGUCAUUACUAACCGACAUCAUUUUGAAGUUGAGGUUUUUAAUAUGGUUUUGGAUAUGCAACUUCAAGAACUUGGAAGCCGAUUUAGUGAGGUCUCAACUAGUUUGAUAGAAAAUAAGUCGGGUUUAAAUCCUUGUAAUUCGUUUGCUAAAUUUGACAUAUCAAAGAUAGUGAAGUUUUCUGAAAUGUAUCCGAAUGACUUUAAUAAAGAAGAAAGAGGGGUUCUUACGGGUGAUCUUUCGACAUUUUAUCACACUUUAAAGGAAGAUGAUAAAUUUGCAAAUUUAACUGGAUUGAGUGACCUUGCUCGUCUAGCACUGGUUUUACCAGUUGCAACCGCAACCGUUGAAAGAUGUUUUUCUAAAAUGAAGCUUAUCAAGACGGAUUUACGCAAUCGGAUGGGUGAUGGGUAUUUGAACAACGCUCUAAUUUGUGCGGUCGAAAAAGAAAGUUUUUGUAAAGUAAAAGAAGAGGAUGUCAUGGCCCGGUUUCAAGCUUUCAAAAACCGAAGAGGAGAACUCAUUUAG